GUUUUUUCCUUUGCAGAUACUUUAUGGCUGCUAGCGAUAAGUGAAUCUUGGGUGAAAUUUGCAAAACUGCAAAAAUUUGUGAAAUGCAUUGAAGUCAAUGGAUGUUUUUCACGGGUACAAAGUGAAUUUUCUUUGUGGCGAAUCCUAGGGACAUAUUUUGCUCAUCAAAUAUGGCUACCCUGGUCUUGAUUAAUGAGAAAAAGCAAAAGGCUACACCGAAUGUGAAUUUAACUUCAAUAUGAGAUAAAUGUGAUUGUUCUGGUCAGCAUUCUACACGUGGCAGAGCCAAGUUACAUUCCUGGACAGAAAGACUGCAAAGAAUCUUGAAAAAUGGAAAGUAGGCUCAAGGACUUGGUCCAGCACCGGGGUCUUCUCAUGAUGAUAUUUGUGCUGGGGAUAGGAGGUACCUUCCAAUACGGAUUCCACAUCUCUGAUAUGAAUGCCCCCUCAGUGUUCAUAAAGAGGUUUAUCAACACCACAUGGAUAUAUCGUUAUCAGUCCCCUGUCGAAGAUAACACACUGAGGAUAAUCUGGUCAUUUAUUGUGUCCAUUUUUGCCAUUGGUGGACUUUUUGGUUCAAUGGGAGCCGGAUAUCUUAUAUCCAAAUUUGGCAAGAAAAGAUGCCAGCUCUGCAGCUGUGUUAUUCCUUUAUGUUCUGCUGUGUUAGCUGGUUGCAGUAGCACUGCCAAGUCUUUUGAGAUGAUCCUUAUUGCCAGAUUCUUUGAUGGUAUAAAUGCAGGAAUUGGGUUUACUCUUCACUCACAGUAUGCAGGAGAAAUUGCGCCAAAAAAGCUACGUGGUUUUACAAACACUAGUAUUUCCAUUUUUGUUACAUCUGGAAAAAUGAUUGGUCAGAUAGUUGGGCUCAGAGAACUCCUGGGCACUGAGCUUCUUUGGCCUGUGUUAAUAUCUCUGAGUGGUUUCUGGUCACUGAUUCAGCUGUGCACCCUGCCAUUCUUUCCAGAGUCUCCAUCAUACCUCCUAUUGAAGGGUGACAAAGAAGGGUGCUUGAAAGCUCUGAAACAACUAUGGGGUGAUGGAGACUACGAAGCAGUCAUUAAUGAAAUGUCCAAGGAACAAGCUGCUAGAAGUGGUGGGAAAAAUCUGACUGUGCUGCAGCUUCUGCGAGAUCCUUCCCAGCGCUGGCAGCUCUAUGCUCUUAUUGCCUUGACAAUUGCUCUGCAACUUUGUGGGGUCAAUGCGAUUUAUUUUUAUGCAAGUGAUGUGUUCAAAUCUGCUGGAUUCAAACCCACACAAAUUCCAUAUUUGACCAUCGGUGUAGGAAUAUGUGAAGCCACAUCUGUGAUCUUUUGCAGUCUGGUGGUUGAUCGUUUUGGCAGGAGAUUCUUCCUUCUUGGGGGUUAUAUAAUGAUGGUAUUGGCACUGGGUCUCAUCACCAUAACAAUCUCAUUUCAGGCACAUGCUACCUGGUUGCCUUACUGCAGUGUCUUCCUAAUCUUUCUAUUUGUUCUGUCAUUUGGAUCAGGACCAGGUGCUACCACCAUGACCGUUAUAGUGGAAAUAUUUUCCCAGACUUCCCGCACUGCAGCAUUGGUCAUGGUGGGAACAAUAAACUGGGCUGAACUAUUCAUUCUUGGCAUGGUCUUCCCUUUUAUACAGGCUGCCAUUGGACAAUUUUGCUUCCUCAUUUUCCUUGUCAUAAUUGCUUCGUGUGGGAUAUAUUUGUACUUUUUCCUCCCAGAGACAAAAGGAAAAUCUUGGCUUGAAACCAAAGAUGAUUUUAAUAAAUACAGCUGUAGGAGACAAAACACGGAUGAGACUUCAGAGAGUCAACCAGAUAUCUAUGUAAUAUCCACCAGGCUUUAACCAGUAAACAUGGCUGAUGACUGCAACUUAGAAUGAAUAACAUGGAAAGACCUUAUUCCUAAACUGGAAGCAAUAGCAAUAUGAAGUGCUCAAAUCUGCAUUUAUAUGCAACUGGCAUGUAGCACUCUGAACAAGAUCAAGCUAUCCUACCCCAAACUAAGGCAAUGUUGUGUCUUGCCUGAAUGUGAACUGUUUUGUCUAAAACACACAAUAAUGGAAACAUGAGAACCACAGACAAUAACAUGCAUUCACAUUGUAACUUUAAAAGUAGUGACAUGAGGCAGAAAUUUCAGUUCCCUUUAUUUACUGGCCUACAUCAGUCCUGUCAUAUAUUUGGAAACCACUAUGAUGCCUAUUAACACUCAAGGACCCGCACAUGUAGGUCAGAGUAACUGUAGCCUACACACAGCACUGUCAUGGGUGGUAUACUGGGGGUACUGCUAUCAGGAGCAUUUUGGCCCCACUUUACUUAUUGGCAAGACCACCACCCAGCCAACCCAGAUAAGCAGUGGGCCCUUCAGGGAAGGGUGCUGCUAACUUGUAUUGGGCCCAAGAUUAUUGAUGGUGGCCCUGCUCCAAAGAGUGAUAACCGGAAAGUAUUCCCAAGAUCAGUAAAAGCGAUAAUUCUUGACCUUGGUCUGCUGCUAUUUAUACAUUUUAGGCUUGGGAUACACAGGGCAGAUGAUCCGCUUUUCUGCAGCUACAUUUAAAAGGUGUUGGGCUGAAACAUGUGAAUGUAUUUUAAGGCCAAAAUUUGCUCAUUGUAGCUACACUCAGGUAAACACUGUGCUUGUCUGUGGAGCUACAAGGAUGAACAGAUUAGAGCAGCCCCAUAGGCUCUUAGCCUAAACAUUUCUCUGCACUCACAUACAAUAGUUUAUCACGUUGUCUAUGUACAAAAGCACUGGUAGUGUCUGUCCAUUAUGGAGAUUAUAUAGGUAACAUACCUACAGUAGAUAAUAUGUAUAGAUAAUAAAAUACAGGUUUCUUCUGUACCUUUCUAAACCUAUAGAAAUUGUAUAAACACAAGAUAUGUAACAGUUUGUUGUAACUAUAUGUUGCCUGCCCUGGCUUCACAAUGUCUCCCAAUUCUCAUACAGGUCAGUUUCUGAUUACCAGCAGUAAUUUGUGCAACGAUCCCUGUGUAUUCAGAAACUAUUAUUCAAGUUCAACAGUGAGCUCCAUUUACUUUAUCCUUCCCACCUACUAAUGGAAAUGACAGUCCCCUUCCUCUCCACAGUCUGGAUCAAAUUGUGCAUGUGUGUCUAGUUCAGAGCACACAACCUUCCAUUGAAACUCAAUUGUCUACAUGUGCAUUAAUAUGAAUUCACCUAUAUUGCUCUGAACCCUCCAUUGACAUUUAUUGAACAUGCGUGAGCACACAGAUUUAACAUAUAUACAGCCAAACUAAUGCUUUAUGACAUUUCAAGUUAUAAACUUAUAUCCAGUGAAUAAGUUAAUAAAAAAAUAACACAUGGAUUUUUAUGUUUAUGUAAA